AUGACCGACCGCUGGGGUCAGGAUUCUUCCUCCCAUAAAGAAUCCGCCACAGUCCACGAUACAUUCGAUAGAACCUGGACAGGUCAACCCCAUGGCAGAAUACACGGAGAUGAUCUAGUACCGGGCGUUGCAGCAACCAUAGCCAUGAACGGCGAUAGUGAAAAUGCCGAUUUUGACAUUAGUGCGACGCAGAAGAUGAUUUCGGCCAUUUCAGGAAGUUUAUUGACAUCACUACUUGUUACUCCCCUCGAUGUUGUCCGGGUUCGUCUUCAGUCACAGCCUUCGGCCCCAUCACCUCUCCGAACGAUUUCGAGACUCGCUGGGUCGUCAUCACAUUCGUUCAACACACUACCACCAAAUCUUGGAGUCACUGCUUGUUGUCGGGAAGUGUUCUUCGCUGGAAACAAUGCUGAAUUCUGUAUGGUUGCGCCUAAACUAGGGGAUGCGAGUUAUCAAUCCAUAGAAUGUGCUGCGGAGGAAACCCAGAAGAGGACGUUCACCUCGACGUUCGAUGGUCUCCGAAAGAUAUCGCGGAAUGAGGGUAUCACUACAUUAUGGCGAGGCCUUUCGCCAACAUUGGUCAUGGCAGUUCCAGCGAAUGUGAUUUACUUCACAGGAUACGAUUUCUUACGAUUCAACCCGCAGAGUCCUUUCAGCCGGUUAUCUGAUAACUCCGCACCGCUUGUCGCCGGAGCACUUGCCCGAAUUCUUGCUGCUGGCGUGGUCAGUCCACUAGACAUGUUCAGAACGAGGAUGCAGGCCAGCCGAUCGUCCUCCCACUUCUCCGAGACGGUAAAUGGGGUCAAAGAAAUGGUCGCAAGCCAUGGAUAUACCUCAUUGUGGCGUGGAUUAACACUGACUUUGUGGAGAGAUGUGCCUUUCUCUGGGAUAUAUUGGUGGGGUUAUGAGCGAGUGAAAGGUUCACUUACAGAUGCUAGGGAACGAAGACGUGGACGGACUCUCGAAAAGCCAGGGUCUAGAACUCGUGCUAGAUCCAGAUCACAGAGCCAGGAAAACCACAAAAACACGUUCAUAGACAGCUUCAUUGCGGGGGCUUCAUCAGGAGCCGUUGCCUCCAUCCUCACCAUGCCAUUUGAUGUUGGAAAGACCAGGCGCCAAACAUAUGUCGAAUCGAAGCCUACGGCACCAGGAGCAGCCAAAAUCUUGGCUCCAGAAGAACAGUCUAUGGCUAGAUUUCUUAUGCAUAUAAUUCGAGAGGAGGGUAUUCGUGGAUUGUGGAGAGGAUGGAUACCAAGGACGUUAAAAGUCGCUCCAUCAUGUGCAAUCAUGAUCAGUUCUUACGAGGUCGGGAAGAGAGCUUUCCGAGGAGUCAAUGAGAGAGCUCAACGAAAACGAGAAGCAGUCGUAUAA